GUGAGGAUGUGACGGACUUUGGUCCAGCUUCUUGUCUUGUGAAACUCGUUAUGCCGCUGGAUUCAAGCAAGGAAGUCCUCGUUAAGCCAUCAAACAUAUUUUUUCAUUAUUCAACCGAAGGUACUUGCAACACAUGCCAAGUAUUGAUUGUUAAUAAAUCAGCAAGAAUACUGCGCUUCAAAGUUUUAUCUACAGCACGUUCCAAGUAUUUGCUGUCAGUAUGCAAGGGCAUUUUGAAGUCUGGUGAAUUCGUUGAAACUGAUAUUUCAGUUUCCAGAGUUUCAAUAACGGAUGAUACAAAGGACUUUUUCAAGAUCCAGUUUUUCGAUUCAUACGAUGGCUCCGCUUUUUGCGAGCAUUAUGUAUGUUCAACAAUUUCGCGUAACCCCUCUCAUAAUGUUGCUAUUCAAGAUUCAGACUCAUGCAGCACUUGGCCCAGUCGUUAUCAUGAUGUUGGUUUGUCUAACUCAAGCUUAAGAACAGCAUCUUUAUCGCGAGCUUUCGGAAACCCGAUUGGGUCAGAAAAGCGCCCUAUUACUACUAAGACAUACUUACCAUUAGAUCGUACGAAAUGUGUGGGUCUUUCUAACAUGUUCCCUACAGUUAAAGCACAGAAGAAUAGACCGAAUUCAAGUACGUUAACGGUCUGUCGUGGUACCAGUGAUAGUCAAUCAGAAAACGCUGGAACAAGCAUCAUCUUGUUUAAUAAUCUACUCUAUAAUUCUUUGUUUAUUUUAAGUUUGAUUGUUUGUCUAUUUGGAAUUUUACUACCGUUCCUUCCAUAUGAUUGUAAAUUAUGGUUAUUGUCAAAAGUACUUCAUGAGCGAUUGAAGAUUAAUCAUAUUACUGCUACUCCAAGUUCACUGACUUUUCCAUAUCAUUCACAAAACGUCCAUGACCAUUCUCAAUCUUAUAAGCAAAGUUCUGGAGCCACUUAUUCAUCGACAACUGAAUGUCCUACAGGGGAAAAUCCACCAAAAGAUGAGUUUAAUCGUCACACUCGUCUGGCAUUCUUUGCUUUCAAGAGUGCAUUGCGUAGUAUUUACAGAGCAAUAAUUGCUUUAGAUCCAUUAGUCGCAGUUGCUAAUAUGUCAUGGUUUUGCUUAGGUUUGUUACUUAUGUAUCAUUGGAUAAAAAGAAGGUAAAGCUGAACAAGAAAUACACAACUGAUACCUUAAUCCGAGAUGUCGGCAAACCAGGGAAACCUUUGCUAUUUAUUUAAUAAUAUAACUAGUAUAAAAGAAAGAUAUCAACUUCAUGAUCUCUAGAUGUUUGAAA